AAAUGGUUGACAACUCUUUAAAACACAUCGAGUUUGACUACAAGUCUUAACCAUGAAUGCGCUUAGCAACAGCGCGGGAAUAUUUAAUUAUACGAACAUGGACUCGGGAUCGGAAGGCAAUAGUUCUUUGCAGCCAAACUUUAUCUCCAAUGGAAGCUUUAGCAAUACCGAAAGUGAUCUUCUUCACAUAGAAACACUGGAACAAGCCUCGGCCUAUCUCUGGAUAUGUGUUUCUCCCAUAUUUCUUUUUGUAGGAAUAUUUGGAAACAUUUUAAACUUGUUCGUUUUGCGGAGAAUGCGAUUUGAGAAAAAUCCCACCUUAAUUCUGCUUGUUCUCCUCAGUGUUACAGACAUGACCGUUCUUUUAGUAGGUCUGCCCAGAUAUUGGGCCCGGGAGGCCUUUAACUUUGACCUGCGAACAGUUUCUCAAUUUAGCUGCAAGUUCAGUUUGUUUCUUAUAUACACUUCUAUGCAGUUGUCCUCAUGGAUUCUUGUGAUGGUGUCAAUUAUUCGCAUGAUCAAAACCGUGUUACCCUUACAUUUUCCCAAAAAUAAAAUGAGAGUGACUCGUAGAAACACGCUGGUGGCAUUUGCUAUAGUAGUUGUAGUACUUUGUAUUGUCAACUUUCAUCUCUUCAUUACCAAUGGCGUCUUGACAGAGGACGGGGACUCCUCGUGUACUUCUCUUACAGAGGACUACCUUUAUUUCGACGAAUAUGUUUUCGUUUACAUUGACUUUCUCGUUCUUUCAGUUUUUCCCGCAAUAAUUAUCAUCAUCUGCAAUAUUUUUAUUUAUUUUGUUCUGAAAAAUUUGAAACAAAGACGCUCAUCGACAUCUUCCAUGGAGAAAACUACAACAGAUUCCGUCUCGAGAGUUACACGUAUGCUUUUUGUCACGAGUACAUACUUUGUCAUAGCUACUGCUCCAAUAUCUGUCCAUUUCAUUGUUGAUUCUUAUGUGCGACCCGAGGCGGAUGAACUGACUGAAGCAAAACUGGACUUAUCUUUCACAGUUCUUUAUUUAUUCGAAUUUUCUCAUUUCGUCAUCAAUUUCUACUGUUAUACAGUCACCAACAAAAGAUUUAGAAGAACCUUACACAACCUGAAGGAUGAUGUGAGAAAUAGAAUUUUCCGACAGAGCCGAGUGCCGUCUGACUCGUAUGAUGUGAACAGCACCAUGGAUUCAAACAAAAAGUGCUCAGGCAGUGCGGUAUCUAAGUCAACGUAGUCUACAUUCCUAACUUUCCCGCCAAUAAACGAAACGGGAAGUCCGUCUACUUUGAAACCGGAGAAACUCUUAGCUCGCGAAGAAUUUGACAUUGGACAUUUUUAUAGGUUUAGUUCAAAAUGUUCCUUGAACUUCUGGAAAACGUGUUAAUCGAAGACAAAUUUACAGAGGCAUUCUUUGUUACCAUUUGUUGUAUGUAUUAUAAAGUAUGGAUCUUGGACAAGUACACUAAAUAUCUUAAAAUAUCUUGUACGCUUUUUAAUUUGAAGCCCUAUAAAUAAAAAGUUUUCUUGGAAAGGAAGGUGAUAAUUUGAUUUAGAUAUUACGAAUUACUUUCAAUGUCAUACAAAUUCAAGUGCAUACUUAAUUUUUUCGAGGGGAUGCAGAAUUUGAUUCAUGCAAUAAUUUAGCUUAUUUUUGGGGUUAAUCGACAUUUUUUUCAAAAGUCAAAAGAUUCUUAGGUAUUGUACUCCUUAUUAACGCAGCUUUUAGGUGUUAUCUUAAGAUUGCACAAGUUCCUUGUUGUAAUAAUGCCCUUGUAAACCAGACAUUUGGAACAAAGAAGGGUUAACAGGACACAAAGCCACAACCCGGAAACAUCCGGGACCUGUUUCCUUCAUUAUUCAUUAUAUAGAGAACAAACAAGGUCAAAUCAUUAGUAGUUAAUGUACAAUUGUACAUGGCUAAGUCUUUAUAACAGAUUUUUACCGUAUUUAUGCAUAUUCAAUGUCUCGAAUCCAUCCAAGUUAAUUUGAUCAAAACUGAAAGAACAAAGUGUUCUCCGACUUUCAAUAAUAAUGUAAAUCAAAAAUUUGUGCAUACCUGUAAAUGGCUUUUAUUUAUGUGAUGUUACAACGCAUUGUUGUUUUUUUUUUCUUUUUUUAUUUGAAAUAAUUUUGCCAAUAAAAUUAUUGUGCUUUG